AUGCGAGAACAAGUCCAUUUUUUAUUCAUCUUCUUGUCUUUGUCAAAUAAUCAAACAGAAUGUGGGAAUAACUUGAGAUUAACGAUAUGUUUCGGUUUUUGUUUCAGAGURCGAGUAGAGCACUACAARCACGAUAAAUCAUUCAAAGAGAGACUUCGGUUUUAUUUUGUAAACAAUCAACGUUAUAGUGUAAGAUGGCAAACGUUUCGUUUUUUAAUGAAAGUGUUGUCCUGUAUUUUAUAUGCAUUUCGAAGUAUUGUCGAUGACGAACCUGAUAAAGCCCAUUGGUAUGGCUGUAAUGAAGAGAAAUAUAUAAACACAUCAAAAUGGUGCUGUCAUCAAGGAAAGCUCAAUACAUCACAGGAAUAUAAUAUAUGUGCGCUUAUUUGGGUGCACAGAUCAGACGAGUUAUGGAUAAUACAGACUAUUAUAGCUUUUUAUUCGUUAAUCGACACCAUGCUUCAUUGCUACCUAAGCAAGAGAUCUUUUAUAAGUCAGAUUGUCAACCUUCGUAUGUUCAUAGAGAUCAUUUUAUCAGUUCCCUUUAUGAUAUCUAUAUUUUUACCAGAGAUUAGAAACAUAUGGCUUCCGUUGUUUCUAAAUUGUUGGUUAGCAAAAGCAGCUUUAGAGACAAUGUUUAAUGAUUUACACAGAUUGGUACUGCGUCAACAAUCAGCAUUAUCACAAAAAGUUCUUAUUCUAACUGGAACUUCUGUAGCUUUGGAGCUUCACUCAGAAGGGUUUAGUGGAACAGACAGAUAUGGCGAUGUUGCCGAGUCAAACCGAUUAAAACAACUUCAACAAUAUCCAGAAAAUGGAGUAAAAUACACAACCCCUGCACAUAUUGAGCUCGCAGUGGAGUCCCCCAAAGAUACACAUCAAGAGACACCAACAACAUCAGAAGAAAAACAUCAAGACACCGUUGACAACUCUGAUAUCUCAGAUGAACAAGAUUCAGGAACUACAUCACGUGGUAAAGAGGUUACAUUUAAUAUUGGAGAACCGGAAGAUGUGAAAGAGGAAGAAAGAAGGUGCUCAUCACCUUUCGUUCCCGAUGAAUCUGACAUGGAGUCUGAAGUUGGAAUGGAAAACGAAGAUGUUCCAAGUAGAAUACCAAACUAUCGUAUUGGYGUGUUACCUGUGUCGCCGUACAUUGGACGAACGCCUGUUAGAUGUCAUUUAUUAAAAAYACCAAAGGCUCACUGCUGCCUGAAACUAUAUCAGGACUGYCCUCAUCGRGACACRACCGACCAUAGACGCGUCCAGCAACAGCARGGUGGAGGYAUCAUCGUGGCGUCACCUGUAGCUGAAGCUGGUCUUUAUAACUUUAUUUUACCUUUGAGAGCUUAUCACCGACCAAAAAUCACUCUUAAACCUGUUAUACUCCUACUUGGRAAAGAACCUUGUCCAGACUUCUUAGAGGCUGUCUGUCAUUUCCCAAUGUUGUACUAUGUCACAGGAACAAUCAACAGCCUUGAUAAUCUACUGCAAGCUGGAUGCCUCACAGCUGAUAGCAUCGUGGUUGUCGGUCAGCGGAAUGCUCAUCAAUUUUAUGACGAAGAGCACAUGGCAGAUGCAAGUACCAUAGUUGGUGUACAAACCAUUUAUAGGUUGUUCCCAUCAGCUAAUCUAAUAGUAGAGCUAACACACGCAUCAAACAUGCGGUUUAUGAAGUUUCAAGCUGAUCAAAUGACGAUYAGCACUGAGUCGAUGGCAAGUCUUCGUGAGAGCGUCAAGCGGAAACUGAAGGAGCAAAAUAAAAGAGACCAUCUAAACUACAUGUUCCGCGAGCCGUUUGCAGCAGGCUACGUAUUUAGUAUGAGUAUGCUUGACACCUUGCUAUAUCAGACGUUUGUCAAAGAUUAUAUGAUAUCGUUGAUCAGUCUUCUUCUUGGCUGCGAACAGGCUCCAGGRUCUGGGUAUCUGUGCUCGUUUAAAAUCACAAGCGAUCACCUAUGGUUAGAGACAUACGGUCGGCUCUUCCAGCGUCUUUGUUCGACGACUUGUGAGAUUCCGAUAGGCCUUUACAGAACUCAAAUAGGACCAGGAGAGGAUGCCGAAGACGCGUGUCCGCGAGGGACAAAGUUYGAGAAGCGUGACAUAYUAGAGAUUAUUGGAUACAGAAUGAAACUUCUUGGUUUGAAUGAGCAACCGCAAGAAACAAAGCGGCCUGGAGUAUCGUACGUUGUUGUCAACCCAAAUCCAGAGUUUGACCUUCAAGAAGGCGAUAUCAUCUACCUUAUUCGUCCGACCAACACGUCUUCCUCGACGACGWCGUCGUCUCCAACAACGUCGGAACAUACUUCAGGGUUUGACACACACUUGUCUGUUGAGGACCCCUUGACAAAACGAUCUUUGGUAAACCGUUAAAGGAAACAAUGAUUAUUGCCUAGACACCUUCCUUUAUGAGAGGAACAAAUGGUUUAAAGUCCGUGUCCAGCGUGCUUGUUGGAAUACCCAGAAAACAUUGCGGYUAAUUGAAGCCAUCUUGGCUGGGGAGAACAACUUCUGUUCUAAAAUGCAGGACAAAAAAGACUGAAAGGUCUCUAAAAAAAUCAAAUGAACAUAUACAGAUUGUUCUAGCAAUCUUURCAUCAAGAAAUGCCUUACAAAGGCGUGAUGAAACUGAACUCAGASCAGCUAUGACGUCACUACAAAUAGCGAGCUUAGAUUUAGAAUAUCUUCAACGAAUUCUCGUGAUGAAAUGCAUAGAGGUGAAAAAGACUAAUGCCCUAAACCUCACGAAACACUACUAACUUAUUUCAUAUUCAGUUUAAUUUAUAUCACAAGUAUUUGUGGAGUUUAGAAAUUGCUUUUUUUAAUUAAAAAACGUGACGUCAUCACUGAUGACAUAUUAUAUAUAUGAUGACGUCAAAGAUGAUGUAAUGUCACAUAUAAACAUAUUUUUUAAGAUUUUAAUCAAUCAGUUUCAAGAAUUUUUACGAAUAUUUUGUUUAUUUUUGCUCAUGUUGUAAUUAUUUCGURUUGUUUGUACAUAAUCCCAAGUUACUUAAGACUUUUAGAGUAAAAAAGUUGCAGUUUACAUGUAGAUAUUUAUGAGAAAUAAUUAAUAUAUUUAAGAGAGAGAAACAGAAAGAUAAAUUAAAUUGUAUUAAGAGAGUCAGUCCACAGAACAUAAGACAAAAUCUAAGAAUAAAUAUGAAAAUUCAUGAAUGUU